GUACUUCCUGUUUGGGCAAAUCGAGGUCUCCUAAACUGUACACUCCCUGUUCCGUUCAUAGGCCCCUUUCUUUUUAUUUUCAAGCUUUUUUUCCGGUGCAUCUCGUCCGCAUCUUGCAAAGCAUCUCCAUUUCUGCUUUUUUUUUUUAGUUUUCUUUUGGCUGCCAUGAAUCCAGAUAAUGAUAGCGAUAUCUCAGGUCGCAUUGCCGCAGCAAGACGUGAGGCCGAAGCGCUUAAAGAAAGAAUUAAACAACGAAAGGAAGCGUUGGCCGACACAACGUUACAAGAGAUGGCGAAAGAAGUGGAACCACUGCCCCGCAUCAUCAUGAAAGUCCGUCGAACACUGAAAGGCCAUCUGGCGAAAAUUUAUUCGAUGCACUGGGCAGCCGAUAAAAGGCACUUGGUAUCUGCGUCGCAAGACGGUAAACUCAUCGUCUGGGAUGCUUAUUCAGCGAACAAAGUGCACGCCAUUUCACUUCGAUCGUCGUGGGUGAUGACCUGCGCUUAUUCCCCGUCGGGGAACUUUGUGGCUUGUGGUGGUCUCGACAAUAUUUGUUCCAUCUACAACCUGAAAACCCGAGACGGUCCUCAGCGCCCUGCGCGCGAACUCUCGGCACACACCGGUUAUUUAAGCUGUUGUCGGUUCUUGAACGAUCGUCAAAUCCUCACGGCGUCCGGAGAUAUGACAUGUAUGCUGUGGGAUAUCGAUGCAGGUGUCAAAACCGAAGAAUUUUCAGAUCAUACCGGCGAUGUCAUGAGCUUAUCUUUAGGACCUAAUCCCAAUGUGUUUGUCACCGGUGCUUGUGAUGCUACGGCCAAAGUGUGGGAUAUCCGCACGAAACGAUGUGUUCAAACUUUUGCAGGUCACGAAUCCGAUAUUAACUGUGUUCAGUUCUUUCCCAACGGCGAUGCUUUUGCUACUGGCUCGGAUGAUGCAAGUUGCCGACUGUUUGAUUUACGCGCGGACUGUGAAAUGAGUGUCUACACCCACGAAAGCAUUUUAUGCGGCAUCACAUCGAUUGCGUUUUCUGUUUCUGGACGUCUCAUGUUUGGAGGUUACGACGACUACAACUGCAAUGUAUGGGAUACGUUGAAAGGAGAACGCGUCGGUGUCCUUUCGGCUCAUGAAAACCGUGUAUCCUGUCUGGGCGUCGGCGGCGAUGGUAUGGCUCUUUGUACAGCCAGCUGGGAUUCCAAUCUCAAGAUCUGGGCAUAGUGUGCCGCACCCUUUUUUUAUUGCCCUUAUUUUGUAUCACAUACAUAGCUCCCCAAUUUUACUAUGCGCAAAUCGACCAGAUAGACACAAUAGUGUAGCUAUUGCAACAUUUUUUUUAAUACCUUGUUAACCAAUGAUUUUUG